ACAGACAUCCUGCAUGGAGGAAAUGAGGAAUGAAUUAAACACAGCCAGGAAAAGGAUGAGUAAAAAGAGAGAAUAAAUCAGUAGACUCGGUGUGUGUGGAUGAGGCUGUGAGAGGGUCAGUGUAUCAGGAUGACGAUGAAAGGCUUGUCCUCCAGUCGCAGCCACCACCAUACACUCACACAGUGUGACCCAUCCUACGAAUCUUUGACCCUCCGCCACGACCGACGACCUUAUGUCCUUAACCAGGCCCACCCGACCGACCACAGCUUCUAUGGGUACCAGUCCGAUCUGGCCAGCAGCACAUUUCCCCGCCGUCAUCACGGCUCGCAUCACGAGUUUAAGGACGAAUGUGCCAUAGUGCCCUAUGUGGGACCGGGCGGCAUAGCCAGAGGAACUGGGAGUGGGUGCGGCCCAGGCAGCUCGGCUGCCAUCCCAUCAUCCCUGCUGGAGAAGUUUGACCAGCAGCAACCAGUGAGGAAGGACGGAUAUCACACUUUGCAAUACAAACGGACAGCGGCGCUGGAACACCAGCGUAGCGACAGUCCUGGGCGUAUACGCCACCUCGUGCACUCCGUCCAAAAACUGUUCACCAAGUCCCAUUCCCUGGAAGGUCCCAGCCAACGCAGUCUCAAUGGAAAUGACCCCACCAUCCCAGCCGAUGCAAUGGCUACGGCUGCAUCCCACCCAAAUGUUUCCACCACAACUGUAAGCACCCUACACAAGCAGUCUAGCAACAAGCGAGGGAAGAACAAGGAACGCAGUCGCUCCGAGCCCAAACCUCGCUCACGAACACCCGGGUCAGGUUACUGGAGCUCGGACGACACUCUGGACCGAGAGAUCUGCCUCUACCACCAGCAUCAACCCUCUGGAGUCAUGACCAUGGGCCGGCAUCCGGACAAAUCCCAGUCCCACUACUUCCUGGGACAGAGCUACAACACACUAGGUGGGGGACACUCGUCCCUGAAGACCUCACGCAGCAACAAUGAUGUUGGAAGUUGCUCCACUUGCUCCAACACCACAGGAGGCGCUCUAACUUUUGGUGGCCCGAAGUCAGUGGACCAGGCUGGGUCACUCGUCAAGAAGAGCUCCUGGUCAAGCACGCUAACGGUGAGCAGGGCCCGAGAGGUGUACCAGAAGGCCACUGUCAAUAUUGAUAAAGCUCUAGUCAAACCACCGACCUGCCAGCAGAGACGAACCUGCCAGUUUUUACAGGUUCCUCAGGAUGAGUGGGGUGGCUUCUCGUCUGUGGGUCAGGAUGACGAGAUCCCGUGCAGGAGGAUGAGGAGCGGCAGCUACAUCAAGGCUAUGGCAGAGGAGGACAGUGGAGACUCGGACUGCAGCCCUAAACCGUCACCGAAAGUCCAGGCCCGGAGAGCCAGCUACCUGAAAGCCACCCAGCCCUCCCUCACCGAGAUGACCACACUCAAGAUCAGUACGGAGUCCCAUUCCCCCAAGCUGCAGAUCCGGAGUCACAGUUACCUGCGAGCGGUGAGUGAGGUUUCAAUCAACCGCAGUUUGGACAGUCUGGACCCGGCCGGUCUGCUGGCCUCACCCAAAUUUCGCUCCCGAAACGAGAGCUACAUGAGGGCCAUGAGCACCAUCAGCCAGGUGAGCGAGGUGGAAGUGAACGGGCAGAUCGAGGCCGUGUGUGAGAGUGUGUUCAGUGAAAUGGAGUCUCAGGCUGUGGAUGCUCUGGAUUUGCCGGGGUCUGGAUGCUUCCGCAUGAGGAGCCACAGUUACGUGCGGGCCAUUGAAAAGGGCUGCUCGCAGGAGGAAGAAGAGGAGAGAGCGACACGUCAAGCCAUCUCACCACCUCGAAAUACAACUACUGUUAGAACCAUCCAGAACAGUACAGUAUCAUCAUGUAUAACCACCUACAAGAAAACUCCGCCCCCAGUCCCGCCCAGGUCAACACCCACCAGACCAUACAUCUCUAUAACAGCCCAGAGCAGCACAGAAUCAGCACAAGAUGCCUACAAUGAGCUCACAGGUGCUGGUCCUGCUAACCGGGCCUUAGCAGCGGUCCAGUCGGGCCUUAGCAACUCCACAGAGAGCAUCGAUAGCAUGAAGGCCCUGACAGCAGCCAUCGAGGCAGCGAACGCUCAAGUCCACGGCCCAGCCAGCCAGCAUGUGACCAACAGCACCAUCACCAUCACUACAGCCACCGCCACCACUAGCGUAACACACAUCUCACAGGAAGCUAAGAGAGAUGCCCUGAGGAAGUGUCUGUCCAUAGGGAUACAGGUGGAUGGUCCUGAGGAAACCAAUCAAUCAGAAGUGCACUGCAAGUUUCAGUCCAUCGGCAUUCAAGUUGAGGAGGAGAGAUGCUACCGCAGAGUCACACGCUCCAACAGCGUCACCACUGCCGUUCAAGCUGAUCUAGACCUUCUGGAGUGUCUCGGCGAUGACCAGUUCACACAGACCCAAGAGGGGCCCAUUGUCCGCCAGCCAUCCCAAGAUGCAGCCACUUCCACUGUCAGCAUCCAGGGCUCUGGGAACCACUACCAUGCCUGUGUCCAAGAUGACUACACCGAUGUGGGCUUCGACCCCUCCAUUCUUCCCCCUCCAGACCCCUGGAUGGAUGGAGCCAUGGAGGAGGAAUACACGAGUGGGGUGUCAGGGUUCGUGUGUCCGCAGGACGGACGCUGGUUUCUGAAACUGCUGCAAGCAGAGGUGGAGAGGAUGGUGGGGUGGUGCAAACAGAUGGAGCAGGAUGAGAGAGAAAAUGAGCUUCCAGAAGACACUCUCGGCAAGAUUCGCAGUGCGGUGGGCAGCGCUCAGUUGCUGAUGUCGCAGAAAUUUCAGCAGUUCCGGGAGCUCUGUGAAGAAAACUUGAAUCCCAAUGCCCACCCACGGCCCGUGUCUCAAGAUCUGGCAGGAUUCUGGGAUAUGCUGCAGCUGUCCAUUGAGAACAUCAGCCUGAAGUUUGAUGAGCUACACCAGCUGAAAGCUAACAACUGGAAAGCACCGGAGCCUCCUGAGAGAAAGGAGAGGCGCGUGCCCCCUCCGGUUCCCAGGAAGCCAGGGAGGGGUCCUAUGCUGCUAGUGAGAGACCGGUCUCUGGAGGGCUCCCAGCGGUUGGAGGCUCGUAAGCGGCUGCUAGCGGCUAAACGUGCUGCCGCCUCUCAGCGCCAGAGCUCUGCCACAGAAUGCGCCGACAGCAUUGAAAUAUACAUCCCAGAGGCCCAAACACGAUUAUAAACACUGAAAUCCAGGUGCUUAGAAGCAUAAAUAGACACACAAAGACACACACACACACACACACACACACACACACACACGCAUAUCUUCAACCAUAACACAAAAGCACUGAAUAACAAAGGCAGGGUAGCUGUAACAUAAUCACUACUCUUUUCUUCUGUAAAAGAGAGUUUCUUCACUGUGGGAUUCUACUGUAUGUAUUUAUGACUUAAUUUUUCUCUCUUCCUCCAUCCUCCCAUUUGCUAUGUAGCUCUCUUGUUAAACUUCCAAAGA